GUAUUGCAUCGACCACUUGUGUGAAAGGUUCACAUCAAAAUGUGUCCCACUGAAGAAAGUCGCAUGAAUUAUUAUGUUCCGAUUCAAGACGAUGAAACUUCACCAUGUAAGAAGAAGAAAUGUAACAAGCCCAUCCGAGCCUCGUCGUGCGGUUCGUAUCCUUGGAAGAAACGCAGAAGAAGAUACGCCUCGACAUCUUAUAAAUAUUUCGACACUGGAAUAAGAGUCGGGGUUGUAUCUUGCGUAGAAUUGGUUCUCGGCGACAAUCGAGGCAAUCAAAUAGUAUUGUUUUUUGAAACGUGGAAAUCACUUAUGCAGAAACGUGCGGACAUUUCGAACGACUUCUACAAUCGACUAAAACUCCAUUGCGGAUUCGAGAUUUAACAUUCGAAGUGGUUAAAAUAUCUGAUUCGAAUAUUAUAAAAAUGGGAUUAUCCAAUAAUUCCUUAUACAUGAAACCACCAACUAUAUUAUACUUAUUUGAUUUUGAAAAAUCUAUAGAUCAUAUAUAUUACUGGCUGUGCGAAAAUACGCAUAUUGUAAAUGAAAAAUUCAAACUAUUUGUAAACAUUUUACAAUAUAAUAAUAUCGCUAAUGUAUGUGAUGCUGCAAAAGCUAUACGUGAAAAUGAUAUGUUUGGCAGCAAACCA